GAUUUAAGCAGGGGUGAGGAUGUAAAGUAAAAUGAGGAGAGAAACGCUCUUUCCAAUUGAAAACGGAAUGAAAACGGUAAACUCCAUAAUGGAGGAUUAAUCGCUGCUUCCAGACAAAUCUGGCAACUUUCAAGUUGCUUUCCGGGAUCAAGGCGUUUGUUUCCAAUGGCUUUUAUUUUAUUUAUUUUUAAAACUUAAUGAAAACAUAUAUAUCAGGCAAGUUCUUCAGAACCAUAUAAAGCAGCGGUGCAGUAUGUAGCAGCAUGUGGUCCAUGCUGAUCAUCUUGGUGGGUUUUGCCCUGAUUGAAUCAGAUUCAAACUGCGGACCGAAGGAGUACAGAACCAGUGAUGGACAGUGCUGCCCAAUGUGCCACGAAGGAACUAUAGUUGGCAGAGACUGCACGAUUCAGUCAGGAACACGUUGCGUCCCCUGUGACACGGGAACCUACAUGAACCAACCCAACGGCCUGACCAGGUGUCUCCCCUGCUCCUUCUGUGACCCAGGGGUUGGCCUCUUUGCCAAGCAGAACUGCACACCAACAUCAGACACAGUUUGUGAUGUUUUAAGCGGAUAUUUCUGCAAAAGUUUAGCAGAUAGUACAGGAUGUAGCACAGCAGAGAAACAUUCAGUGUGUGAUCCUGGACAGAGAAUAAAACAACCUGGAACCAGCAAACAUGAUACAGUGUGUGAAGUCUGUCAGGAAGGAUCCUUUUCUCUACAUGGGGUGAACUGCACUCUGUGGACAAAAUGCUCUGAAAGCCAAACCUUGGUCCAAGAAGGAAGCUUAACGAGUGACGUUGUCUGCAGGAGUGGAUCAUUAAGAAACCGAUAUAGUUUGUUGCUGCCUUGUAUUAUGUGUGUUUUUGCCAUUGGUUCACUGCUGUUCACAGGAUGGCAAAACAUGCAGAAAACCUCCUAAAAAGACAGAGGAUGUCCAGGCCCAGGAGGGAGACUAAGACAGCGUUUCAGUGGAACUGAAAUAUAGCCCCUCCAAUGAGGUUUGGUUUUAUUCCAGAGUCUCUACCUAGUUCGAUGUGGCCGGGAAACCUCCAAAGGAAAGAGAUCCGCAGGUAUCCUGAUCAGAUGUCCGAAACACCUCAGAUGACUCCUUUCCAAGUGCGAAAUCUUAAGACUGAGAACGUCUGAGCCCCUGAGACCAAAGCUCAACCAAACGUUUGCUGGCCAAUCAAGCAUCGUAACACCAUGGUCACUAAACCAGCUGUUGGUACUGUAGGCCAGUACCAAGUCCUGCUGGAAAAUGAAACCAGCAUCUCUAUAAAGACUGUCAGCAGAAGAGGUCAUGAAGUGCUUUAAAAUUCCCUGGUAAACGGUCGUGUUGACUUUCGACUUCAGAAAAACUAUUGGACCAACACUAGAAGACGACAUGAAACCUCAAAUUGUCAUUUACUGUUCACAUGUUGAUUCUGUGCCUCUCCACUCUUCCUCCAGCUCUUGAUUUCCAAAUAAAAUACAAAAUUAGCUUUCA